GCCAGGAGGAAGAUGGCGGCGCCCGCGGCUGCAGCCGAGCCUCAGGCUGCCGGGGGCCCUCAGCCCCCCGUGUGUCUGUUGGUGUUGGGAAUGGCGGGGUCUGGGAAAACCACCUUCGUCCAGAGGCUCACAGGACAUCUGCAUAGCCAAGGCUCUCCGCCUUAUGUGAUCAAUCUCGACCCCGCUGUGCAUGAAGUUCCCUUUCCUGCCAAUAUUGAUAUUCGUGACACUGUGAAGUAUAAAGAAGUCAUGAAACAAUAUGGACUUGGACCCAACGGUGGCAUAGUGACCUCACUCAAUCUCUUUGCUACUAGAUUUGAUCAGGUGAUGAAAUUUAUUGAGAAGGCCCAGAACAUGUCUAAAUAUGUCUUGAUUGACACACCUGGGCAGAUUGAAGUGUUCACCUGGUCAGCUUCUGGGACAAUCAUCACAGAGGCUCUGGCAUCCUCCUUUCCAACGAUUGUCAUUUAUGUAAUGGACACAUCAAGAAGUACCAACCCAGUGACCUUCAUGUCCAACAUGCUCUAUGCCUGCAGCAUCUUGUACAAAACCAAGCUUCCUUUCAUUGUGGUCAUGAAUAAAACUGACAUCAUUGAUCACAGCUUUGCAGUGGAAUGGAUGCAAGAUUUUGAGGCUUUUCAAGAUGCCUUGAAUCAAGAGACUACAUAUGUCAGCAACCUGACUCGUUCAAUGAGCUUGGUGUUAGAUGAAUUUUACAGUUCACUCAGGGUGGUAGGUGUGUCUGCUGUUCUGGGUACAGGCUUAGAUGAACUCUUUGUGCAAGUCACCAGUGCUGCGGAAGAAUAUGAAAGGGAGUAUCGUCCUGAAUAUGAACGUCUGAAGAAAUCACUGGCCAGUGCACAGAGCCAGCAGCAGAAAGAACAACUAGAACGCCUUCAGAAAGAUAUGGGCUCUGUUGCCUUGGACACAGGAACUGCUACAGACGGCUUAUCUUCUGGGCGGGACCCUUCUGACUUGAUCUUGACUCGGGGAACCUUGGAUGAAGAGGAUGAAGAAGCAGACAGCGACACUGAUGAUAUUGACCACAGAGUUACGGAGGAGAGUCAUGAAGAGCCAGCGUUCCAGAAUUUUAUGCAGGAGUCAAUGGCACAGUACUGGAAGAGAAACAAAUAGUUCCUAGAAGUCCAAGAGUUUGGAACUCUGUGAAGAAACUGUCCUUACCUCUGAUUGGGGUUACGAUAAAGAACCAUUUUACACAGAAUAGCAGAGGUUCUCGUGUUAGGGAGCGUUCCUGACUCCAGUGAAGCCAAGGACAGAAGAAAUUUGGACCUGGCAGGUAGAUGUUGAUUCCCCGUGGCCUUUCCCUGGGAUUUGGCAAGGAAGGGUUUUCUGACUGUUCUUGGAUGCUGGUAUUCGGCCUGUAAGCCUUCACGUUGUAUCAUUUGAACUCAAGGACUUUUGCUGCUAACGGAUGGAAUAGAGAGAGAACAUACUGUUCACUUCAGAUCUCUGUUAUUAGGCUGUAUUUAUAGCCUCUAUUUCCCAAGCAUCUUGCCCUUGACCCAUGAGUUCCCCUCCUUUUAGCAGAACGGGAGACAAGAAACAUGAGCUUGUACAGAGUGGCAGUGGAGUCUCCUUGGCAACUAGUCAAUGUUGAUAUGAAAUGCUUGGUAGCUCAUUAUAGGUUUGUUGAAGAAA